UGGUUUUUGUCAAAGGGUUGUAAUAUUUCACCCAACAUUGCAGGGCUCGUACACCCUUUGAAGGAGGAGUUCAUCUGCUUCAACUCCAUUGAUAGUCUUAAAUGCGGGAUCCUCAUGGAUGUCAAAUCCUGGGACCACAGUCGGUGCCUUAACCCUGAUGUCCGUGGAGCAAACAAGCUGAAGGGCUCUUUGAAUUGAUGUAGAGCAAGUUUAUCACCUUGCAUCCCGGCUCCCAUACGAGGUCCGAAUAGCGUUACAGCAAUGUGUCUACACUUCAGCAUCCUUACUCAAUGAAUGUUUUGUUUGGCCUUCAACUUUCCAAAAGCCAGUAUUCUCUCCGGAUACACGUUGCCAACAAAGGCAGCUCUGCCUUCAGAAUAUUUGUCUGCAACCACGGCAUCUUGAGGAAGGUGCAGAGUGACCGCAUGCAACGAAACCCCAUCCUCACCGCCCACCUCUCCAGCGAAGGCCAAACUCCUCUGCUCGCAAGCGCGUCCCCUAACAACGCGCGCCGAUUCCGGGGGGGAGGAGGGCGCGGGUACGCGCGCGAGGGCGGAGUGCGCGCACGCGGUGUCGGUGCCGGCGAUGGGAAUCGGAGAGCGGGGCUACACGGAGGAGCGGAGAAUCGGGGAGUAGGCAGCCGGAACGACAGCGCCUGGGAGGAGGAGGAGGCCUUUGAAUCGGCUAACGUUGCAUGUGACAUGGCAACAACUUGUUCAAGUAGCAAUCAAAAUGGAAGAUCACAGUUGCACGUAACUGUUGCUUCUGCAAAGCUAAAAAGAAGAAAGAAUUGGUUCGGAACUGCAAUCUAUGUGGAAUUAUCAGCAGAUGGAGAACUAAAGAAAUCUGCAAAAUCAAAUAGUUCAUCUAAUCCAAAAUGGGAUGAGCACUUAACAAUGAAUGUAACACCACACACCAAAUUGGAGUUUAAAAUAUGGAGCCAUCAUACAUUAAAAUCUGAUGCUUUAUUAGGGAAAGCCACCUUAGACAUUGGCCAAGCUUUGGAAGUACACAACAGAAAAUUGGAAAAUGUUAAAGAAGUAUUGAAGCUGACAUUAGAAAAUAAGACUGGGGUAGUACAAACUGGUGACUUGACUGUUUUCCUUGACGGCAUGACAGUGGAUCAGGAAUCUGUACCCAAUGGCAAUACAUCAGCAACCAAAGUUCAGCAGAAUGGAGAUGCCAUCCACGUAAAUGGAGGUGAAUCUUCUACAAGGGCUAGAACAAGAUCCAACACUGAAACCUCCAACUGUGCAGAUAGUCCAUCAACAAGUUCUUCACGGCAAUCUGCAGCCAGUUCUCCGGUAAUGAAUGGAGAAGGCAAUCGUUCUCCAUGUCCUGCAGCAGCCAGGCCAAAAAAUACAACAGCGCCAAAAGACUCAGUUUCUCUACCUGCCAGUAGUACUGUAAAUGGAGAAGCAGUAUCGUCACGACCGCUUACACCUCCAUCAGCAUCAUCCUCAUCUUCACCAACAAUAAUAGCGACUGUGACUGCUGGCAGUGGAGUUAUUACAGAAUCCACAGAGACUUCUACCCCCAUCAUUUGCACUACUACAACUAUUACUACUACUAGUACAACUUUAUCUUCCAUGUCUGCAGCAAGCUCAACAGAAACAACUACAGCUGCUGUAGGCAAUAACACAACUUCAUCACCAAGUACAUCCACUGGUGCAACUGCUGAUGUUCCUUUAGCAGCCACAGACACAGGUGCCAGAAGCAAUACAGGAUUAGACAGUGGAAAACCUAGACACUCAUCUUCAAAUACAUCUACUGGGCCUGUAAGACAACAGCCAAACAGCAUUAACAUAGAACCACUGCCAGCUGGGUGGGAGCAGAGGAAGGACCCACAUGGUAGAACAUAUUAUGUUGAUCACAACACAAGAACUACAACAUGGGAGAGACCACAGCCUUUACCACCAGGUUGGGAAAGGCGGGUGGAUGAUCGAGGCAGAGUGUACUAUGUAGAUCACAACACCAGGACAACAACGUGGCAACGGCCUACAAUGGAAUCAGUCAGGAACUUUGAACAAUGGCAGUCUCAACGGAAUCAGUUACAGGGAGCUAUGCAGCAAUUCAACCAACGAUACCUCUAUUCGGCCUCGAUGUUAUCAGCAGAAAAUGAUCCACUUGGUCCUUUGCCACCAGGCUGGGAAAGGAGGGUGGAUGCAAAUGAUAGAGUUUACUUUGUGAAUCAUAAUACGAAGACCACUCAGUGGGAAGAUCCAAGAACGCAGGGCUUGCAAAAUGAAGAUCCACUUCCAGAAGGCUGGGAAAUUCGAUACACAAGGGAAGGUGUCCGAUACUUUGUUGAUCACAAUACACGAACAACUACCUUUCAAGACCCUCGCACGGGAAAAUCGUCAGUUGCAAAGGGCCCACAAAUUGCAUAUGAACGUAGCUUUCGAUGGAAGUUAGCACAUUUCCGGUAUUUGUGCCAGUCUAAUGCAUUGCCCAGUCAUGUAAAGAUCACUGUUUCAAGGCAGACCUUGUUUGAAGACUCCUUUCAACAAAUCAUGGCCUUAAAACCAUAUGACCUUCGAAGACGAUUAUAUGUAAUAUUUAGAGGAGAAGAGGGGCUGGAUUACGGCGGUUUGGCAAGGGAAUGGUUCUUUCUACUGUCACAUGAAGUGUUAAAUCCAAUGUACUGUCUUUUUGAAUAUGCUGGAAAGAGUAACUAUUGUUUGCAAAUAAAUCCAGCAUCCACGAUUAAUCCAGAUCACCUGUCCUAUUUUUGUUUUAUUGGAAGAUUUAUUGCAAUGGCUCUUUUCCAUGGAAAAUUUAUUGACACUGGAUUCUCGCUACCAUUCUAUAAACGUAUGUUGAACAAGAAGCUCACAAUUAAGGAUCUGGAAUCUAUUGACCCCGAGUUCUACAAUUCCCUUAUCUGGAUUAGGGAUAACAAUAUAGAAGAAUGUGGCCUUGAAAUGUAUUUUGCUGUUGACAUGGAAAUUUUAGGAAAAGUUACCUCCCAUGAACUGAAGCCAGGAGGAUCAAAUAUCUUAGUGACAGAGGAAAAUAAAGAAGAGUACAUUGGUCUUAUGGCAGAAUGGCGAUUUACUCGUGGGGUGGAAGAACAGACCAGAGCUUUCUUGGAUGGCUUCAAUGAGGUAGUACCUCUACAGUGGCUCCAGUAUUUUGAUGAAAAAGAGCUGGAGGUUAUGCUCUGUGGUAUGCAAGAAGUAGAUCUUACUGAUUGGCAGAGAAAUACAGUCUACCGCCAUUACACCAGAAACAGCAAACAAAUCAUUUGGUUCUGGCAGUUUGUGAAGGAGAUGGAUAAUGAGGUGCGUUUACGAUUGAUGCAGUUUGUUACCGGUACCUGCCGUUUACCAUUGGGAGGAUUUGCUGAGCUUCUAGGGAGUAAUGGUCCUCAGAAGUUUUGCAUUGAAAAGGUUGGUAAAGAAACAUGGCUGCCUAGAAGUCACACUUGCUUCAACCGCUUGGAUUUGCCACCUUAUAAAAGUUAUGAACAAUUAAAAGAGAAGCUGCUUUUUGCAAUCGAAGAAACUGAAGGAUUUGGACAAGAAUAGAUGCAGCACAUAACGUUGAUACUAAAAGAUGGCAUCACAAUGUAUUCGUUUCUGUCCAAUUAUUUACAGUUGCACAGUUGUCUAUUUGUAUAUAAGCUAUUUGCCUAGAGAAAUAAUUUACAUCUGGAAUUCUAAAAAAAUUAACAUGCUUUUCUUCCAGUCAUUAUGCAAAUUGUCUUGACCAUAUAUAGUAUUUUACAUACCUGCAUUUUCCCUUAAAUAUUGUGGGAGAAAAGAGUUUGGCUGAUUUCUGAAAUAUAGAAUGAUGUUUUUUUUAAAAUCAGAAACAGCUGAAGUAUCCAUGGCUCUAGUUUUAUAGAGCUUACUAGGUGAUCUGGUAGGUGUGCUAUUAGGCCCCCUUAGUGCAAAAGAAAACACAUGCCCAGUGGGUCAAUUUCCACUGAUCUAAUGACUCUUGUCAGGGUUAUUUCUUGCAUGGCUGUCACUGAAGUAUUUAAGGCUUAUGCCAAACACUGUCAAAUAUCUAGAUUUAAUGCUGCUGGCUUGUUGAGAUCAUAGAAUGUGUAAAUGCUGACAUGAGUUUUCCUUUACUUUCUUGUGUUAUUGCCGUUUAUGUACGUCUUGUGUAUAGUAUACUGAAAUAAAGAAAAGCAGAGAGACUGGGUAGUGACCCAAAUACUAAUGUUAUUUUAUAUACAAGAAGCUAAUGUGGACAAUUUUCACAAUGUAAUUAUGCAAAAUAUUACCUCUGCUGCUUUUAUGUUCAGUCUUUUAGAAGAGUUACAUUUAUCAAUCAGGAAUAAAAAUAAAUCAAUUAAGUUUUGCACAUUUGUAAGGAAUGUUGUAUAAUUAGUUUUCCCAUUGCAAUGGUAUACAUCCUGUUUGUGUGUAAAUUACAUUAUGCAUAGGUUUAUUUCUUUUUCUGGCUUUGAAAUAUAAUUUCUAAUAGGCCUUUGACCUCUGAGAAAUAUCAAGUGAUUUAUUUUUUAAAUUCAGAAAUUUCAAAAACAUGUAAUAAUACAUUUAAAAUAGUUUCACCAGUAUUGAGGGCAUUUACUUAAUGACAUGUAACAAAAAUCUAUUUAAAAAUAAUUGUGAAUUAUAUUGAACUGCAACUUCUAACACGCUGUGCUUCCUUGCAGUGACUGGGGAGAUAUAGACAUUUGAAAUGUAACAUUUGUAAUGCUUUAAAUUUAAACAUUGUAAAUUCCAUUAAAGUUUUUAAUUUGUAAAAGUUUUGUAAAA